UAUUUCUAUUUAACAUCCAUAGACGCAAUGGGAUUGAAGCUUUUUAUCAUAAUCUUGUUUUUCACUAGUGCGAAUUCUCGAACGCAUUUGAAUAGUCUCAAGAUUGCUGAAGAAGGUUACUUGGAUUGGAUAAGACGAAUGAGUUUUCGUAACCACUCCCAUUUCGAAGAAGCAAAGAACAAAUUUGUUCCUUGCAAAAUCAUUAAGGUCCAUAAAAAUCCGAAAUACGGAGAUUUUACUUCAAUGCAGAAGGCUAUAAAUUCAAUCCCAGUCGUAAAUCUGUGUCGGGUGGUUAUUUCUGUUAGUGCAGGUACUUACAAGGAAAAGAUAGAAAUUCCUGCAACAAUGGCUUAUGUGACGUUCGAAGGAGCUGGUUCAGACAAAACGAUCAUUCAAUGGGAUGACACUGCCGAUCGUAAAGGGCCAAAAGGACAGCCAAUGGGCACUUACGGUUCUGCCACAUUCGCUAUCAAUGCUCCAUACUUUGUCGCAAAAAACAUCGCCUUCAAGAAUAAAGCCCCGCCACCGCCAGCAGGAGUGACCGGGAAGCAGGCAGUGGCAGUUCGGAUAUCAGCCGACAUGGCGGCUUUCAUAAAUUGUAAGUUUGUGGGAACACAAGACACCCUUUAUGACCACAAAGGCAGACACUACUUCAAAAACUGCUACAUUCAAGGUUCUGUAGAUUUCAUAUUUGGGGAUGGACUCUCACUCUAUGAAGGAUGUCGUUUGCAUGCCAAAACAAACAAAUAUGGGGCCUUGACAGCCCAAAAGAGGGAGAGUAUGCUUGAGGAAACUGGCUUCUCUUUUGUGAAUUGCAAAGUCACAGGGUCUGGUGCCCUCUACUUGGGCAGGGCUUGGGGCACUUUUUCAAGAGUAGUCUUUGCUUAUACAUUCAUGGAUAAAAUCAUUACACCAAAAGGCUGGUAUAAUUGGGGAGAUAAGAAGAGAGAAAUGACUGUAUUCUAUGGACAAUUCAAGUGUUCAGGACCAGGGGCUGAUCAUACAGGCAGGGUGUCAUGGGCAAGAGAGCUCACUCAACAAGAGGCUCAGCCAUUUAUUUCACUUAGCUUCAUUGAUGGACAUAAAUGGCUAAAAAAUAUAUGAUAACUUUCAUCAUAGAGCUACACAAAUCCAAAAAUGAAAAGCGGGUUAUUAAGAAAA